CUUCCUGUAACUCAGCCGGCAUGAGUGUUUCUGGGUGAAACAUUCUGAGUGUGUCUGCUGGGUGCUGUGAGAGGAGCUCGGCAAGCUCAGAACUCCAGACAUGGAUGUAGUGACCUAUGAUGAUGUGCAUGUGAACUUCACUCGGGAAGAGUGGGCUUUGCUGGAUCCUUCUCAGAAGAGUCUCUAUAAAGAUGUGAUGUUGGAGACCUAUAGGAAUCUCACAGCUAUAGGCCACAUUUUGGAAGACCAUACUAUUGGUGAACAUUUUCCAGGUUCUAGAAGACAUGGAAGGCAUGAAAGAAGUUGUUUUGGAGAGCAACCGUCUGAGAUUGCUCAAUGUGCUAAAGCUUUUGCAUAUCAGAGUCAUACUCAAAGGCAUGAAAGAACUCAUAAUGGACAGAAACCCUAUGCAUGUAACCAGUGUGGUAGAGCCUUUGCCCGUAGCAAUGAUCUCCAACGUCAUAAAAGAACACAUACAGGGGAGAAACCCUAUGAAUGUAACCAAUGUGGUAAAGCCUUUGCUGGAAGCAGUGGUCUCAAUUAUCAUAAAAGAACACAUACAGGGGAGAAACCCUAUGAAUGUAACCAGUGUGGUAAAGCUUUUGCACACGGCAAUGGUCUGGAAUAUCAUAAAAGAACACAUACCGGAGAGAAACCCUAUGAAUGUAACCAAUGUGGUAAAGCCUUUGCACAUAUUAGUGUUCUCCGACAUCAUAAAAGAACACAUACAGGGGAGAAACCCUAUGAAUGUAAGCAAUGUGGUAAAGCCUUUGCACACAGCAGUGGUCUCAAAUAUCAUAAAAGAACACAUACAGGAGAGAAACCCUAUGAAUGUACCCAAUGUGGUAAAGCCUUUGCACAUAGCAAUGUUCUCCAAUAUCAUCAAAGUACACAUACAGGGGGAAAACCCUAUGAAUGUAACCAAUGUGGUAAAGCCUUUGCUGGAAGCAAUGGUCUCAAUUAUCAUAAAAGAACACAUAUAGGGAAGAAACCCUAUGAAUGUAACCAAUGUGGUAAAGCCUUUGCACAAAGCAGUGAUCUCAAAUAUCAUAAAAGAACACAUACUGGGGAGAAACCCUAUGAAUGUAACCAAUGUGGUAAAGCCUUUGCACACAGCAGUGGUCUCAAAUCUCAUAAAAGAACACAUACAGGCGAGAAACCCUAUGAAUGUAACCAAUGUGGUAAAUCCUUUGCUCGAAGCAGUGGUCUCAAAUCUCAUAAAACAACACAUACUGGGGAGAAUCCCUAUGAAUAUAACCAAUGUGGUAAAGCCUUUGCACAUAGCACCGUUCUCCAAAGGCAUAAAAGAAUACAUACAGGGGAGAAACCAUAUUAAUGUAACCAAUCUGAUAAAACCUUUUCACAAAUCAAGCGUCUUAAUACACAUAAAAGAACAUGUAUUUGAGCAAAACCCUGAGUGUAUCUAAUGUGGUGAAGGUUUUUAACACAGCAGUCAUCAUGACAAUCUUAAAAAGACACAUAGAGGAAAGCAAUUUUUGAAUGUGAGCAAUGUGGUUUUAAACCUUUUUCACCAUGCAGUUUCCCCCAAAUAUAUAAAGGACCAUAUACUGGAGGGAAAGUCUGUGAAUAUCAUGAAUGUUAUGAAGCUCUUCGAUGUCCCAAUCAUCUUCAAAUAUAUAAAAGAACUUGUACUGGAGAGAAAUCCUCUGAAUGUAACUAAUGUGGUAAAGCCUUUGCACAAGAGUCGAGUACAUCAAAGGAUACACACUGAAGAGAACACUAUGAAUAUAAGCACUGUGGUAGGCUUUUGCAAGUCACAGUACUCUCCAUGUAAAUAAACGAAGAAACACUCAAGAGAAUCUCUAUGAAUAUCAUCUACGGGAUAGAGCCUUUGUACUUUGCGAUCUGCUUCAAGUACAUAAAAGAAGACAUACAGGAUCGAUGAGAAUGUGCUUGGAGCCCAGCUGGAUGUUGAGGCUGCCCGUUCAGAGAUCCUCAAGUACUUCCAGUCAGUCACCUCCAAUCGGUGGCUCAUGUUCAAAAUCUUCCUCAUCCUCAUUGUCUUCUUCAUCAUCUUUGUGGUCUUCCUUGCCUGAGCCCUCCUCCCUCAUUCUGAGCCACUCCAUGGAGGGCUUGGGACCCUCCUGGGAGGACAGGUGGCCACUAUGGCCACUGAGCCUGUGCAAGGUGAUUGGGAGAAAGGCCAUCUCCUUGGAACUGCUAAGAAUGGCCAGUGUCCCUGAUUUCCUACCCUUGUUUCUGGCCACUCUGUCCUACCCUCAGGCCUAUGAAACACACUGGUUCUGGAUUUGGACUCUGCUGUGAAAUGGCUGGGAACAGAAGCCAGCUAAGGGCCAGUGGGGGAGGUUGUCUCCACCAUGAGAUUUUUAUAAACCCAUACCAGCCUCCCCCUAAGGUAACUGGCAGCAAGAGAAGAUAAUGCCCUUCCUUACCUUCUUGAGAGUGAGGCAAGGAAGUAAAACUAUCCCAGGGACCAACUUUAUCAUCUGGGUCAACUAGAACUUGACUGCCGCCUUCUCCUCACCAUGUGAGGUGAGGGGGCUCUGAGCCCUACAGUUGCCUGCACAAACCUGACCUUGGCUACUGGUGACUCUCAAUCUGCCAAACAUGCUGCAGCCUGUUUCCUCCCAAUUACAGCAAGACUGUCAGCCUCA